AUGUCUCAACAAGAGCAAAAAUCAACAUCCGACAACAAAACUCCAGAGAAGCCAUCAAAAGACAAAGACACCGAUGAGGAGAAGAAAGACACUCCAAUUAAUCCAUUGGAUGCGGAAGAAAUUAAAUUGAUCAAACGAUAUGGACAAGGAGCUUAUUUUGCCAAGAUAAAAGAUACUGAGGAAGCUCUCAAGAAAAUGGUUCAAGAAGUAAACGAAUUAUGUGGUGUAAAAGAAUCGGAAACAGGAUUAGCAAACCCAAGUCUUUGGGACAUUCAACAAGACAAAGCAACACUUCAACAUGAAAUGCCUUUACAAGUUGCUAGAUGUACAAAAAUUAUCGACGACGACGAGGAAGAGCCAAAGUAUCUGAUCAAUGUUCGUCAAAUUGCUAAAUAUGUGGUAGGCUUGGGAGAAAAUGUAGCACCAACAGAUAUUGAAGAAGGAAUGCGUAUUGGUGUUGACCGUACAAAAUAUCAAAUCAAAAUUCCUCUACCACCAAAAAUUGAUGCCAGUGUAACAAUGAUGACUGUGGAAGAAAAACCAGAUGUAACUUACAAUGAUGUGGGAGGAUCCAAGGAGCAAAUCGAUCAAAUUCGUGAGGUUGUUGAGACGCCGCUUCUCCAUCCUGAAAGAUUUGAACAACUUCAUAUUGACCCACCAAAAGGUGUUUUAUUGUAUGGACCUCCAGGUACAGGAAAGACCCUUCUAGCAAGAGCUGUAGCUAACAGAACUGAUGCUACAUUUAUUCGUGUCAUUGGUUCAGAAUUAGUUCAAAAGUACGUCGGUGAAGGUGCUCGUAUGGUCAGAGAAUUGUUCCAAAUGGCCAGACAACGUAAAGCUUGUAUUAUUUUCUUUGAUGAAGUCGAUGCUAUCGGUGGUACCCGUUUUGAUGAUGGUGCUGGUGGUGACAAUGAAGUACAAAGAACUAUGCUUGAAAUUGUCAAUCAAUUGGAUGGAUUUGAAGCUCGUGGUAACAUUAAGGUACUCAUGGCAACAAACAGACCUGAUAUUUUGGAUCCUGCAUUGAUGCGUCCAGGUAGAUUGGAUCGUAAAAUUGAAUUUGGUCUUCCUGACCUUGAAGCCCGAACGAACAUCUUUAGAAUUCACACUAAGAACAUGAACGUUGAAAAAGAUAUCAGAUUUGAACUUUUGGCUCGUUUAUGUCCAAAUUCCACAGGUGCUGAAAUUAGAUCUGUAUGUACAGAAGCUGGUAUGUUUGCAAUCAGAGCCAGAAGAAAGACUGUUUCAGAAAAGGACAUGCUAGACGCCAUUAACAAGGUCAUUAAGGGUUACCAACGAUUCAGUGCAACUCCAACUUACCAAGAAAGUCAGCACAUUCAAUAA